AUGCGGGAAGGCAAGCUAGAGCUGACCGCGUGCGGGAGAGAAGAAUACAGAGACCCUGGGACAGGACGCGGAGUAGAGUUGACUCGCGACCCGGAAAGGCCGUUCCGCCCCGCGAGGGAAACAGAGCCGUUGACCAUGGUUGCAACGGGCAGUUUGAGCAGUAAGAACCCGGCUAGCAUUUCGGAGUUGCUGGACCGUGGCUUCCACCCGGGGAACCUACUAAAUGAUUUUGACUACUGGGAUUAUGUUGUUCCUGAACCCAACCUCAACGAGGUGAUAUUUGAGGAGACGACUUGCCAGAGCUUGGUUAAAAUGCUGGAGAACUGUCUGUCCAAAUCAAAGCACACCAAACUCGGUUGCUCGAAAGUCCUUGUUCCUGAGAAACUGACCCAGAGGAUUGCUCAAGACGUCCUGCGGCUUUCCUCCACCGAGCCCUGCGGCCUGCGGGGCUGCGUUAUGCACGUGAACUUGGAAAUUGAAAAUGUAUGUAAAAAGCUGGAUAGGAUUGUGUGUGAUUCUAGCGUGGUGCCCACCUUUGAGCUUACCCUGGUGUUUAAGCAGGAGAACUGCUCAUGGACGAGCUUCAGGGAUUUUUUCUUUAGUCGAGGUCGCUUCUCUUCUGGCCUCAGGCGAACUCUGAUCCUGAGCUCAGGAUUCCGACUUGUUAAGAAAAAGCUUUACUCCUUGAUUGGUACAACAGUCAUUGAAGAGUGCUGA